AUAUUUCUAAACAAAACUAAUACAAGUAAAAAAUAUAAACUAAUAGAUAAUAUGAAUAGUUCUAGACUAAUUUUUGAAGAAGUGACAACUAGCAAAAAUGAUUUUGAAGUAGAAACUAAUAAAAAUCAAAGUUUUGAAGAAGUGAUAACUAAUAAAGUUCAAUAUUUAAAAAAGUGA